UGUGUAUAUAUCCCAAGAGACGCGCCGCCGCUUCUUCGCCUUUCCUCGUGAAGUCUUAAAGCUUCGAUCUUUUCCUUUGAAUAUACAAAACUCACGUCGUGUUAAGCAAUACCCACAUGACAGAUUGACUAAAGAUCAGAGCUUUUUUUUUGCUAUUCUCUUAUUCGGGGUUUUGACUCGCUUUGAAGUGUGAUCAUCAUGAGAGCGAGAUUGGUUGUUUUCCCGAUUAAAGGGAGGAAGUGGUGUUUCAGCAGAUCCGUCGAUCCUCUCGCUGCUCAAUCUCCGUCCGGUGUUACUCCGACCACUGUGCGAGGUUUAUUGAAGAAGAUAUCGUCUGAAUCUAAGCCCAUCAAUGCCAACGCUGAGCUUCUUGUCGAUUUCAUCUCCGACAAGAUGAAUAAGGCGUGGAUGGGUCUUGAGAUAGCACCUGAAGGGUCAAUGAAGAACAAGAUUCAUGGGUUAGGAUUGAAGCUUCUGGCUCGUGUGAAGCCGUCUGAGAUAUUCUUGAAGUCUAUAUCUAAGGAGGUCACUUCCGUACAAGUCUCUUACCCUCCUAGUUUAGAUCCUAGACUUGUACGCAGAAGACUACGCCACAUUGCUAUGAGUGGAACAAUCUUGCACAAGAAGUACCUGAUUGGUUCAGUAACUUUGCUUCCAUUGACCACUGCAUUCACGGUAUUGCCAUUACCAAACAUACCAUUCUUCUGGGUCUUAUUCCGCACUUAUUCUCACUGGCGAGCUCUUCAGGGAAGUGAGAAGCUGCUUAAGCUCCUCUCAAACCAUUCAAAUCCCCAAACUGAUACUGCAGAUGAAAGCAAUAACAACAAACUGGAACAAGAGGCUCAAUCUCCCACAUGUGUUUUGCUGCCAUCAGAAGAGUUAUACAAGCUACUAGGUGAAGCUAGUGAGGAAGGUCUUGAUGAGGAGACUAUAGUAGAGAUUUGCAAAUUGUUCCAUCUCAAUAAGAUCGAUGUUCUUAAAUAUCGCAAUCUAGUCUAACUCUUUUUGUCAUUUUAGGCACUUUUUCGUUGGAACUACUGUUUCAGAUGUUUGGGAGAUAACUUACGAGCCAAUUCUUUCCUCGUGUUUUGAUUCGUUGGAACUUUUAAAAAGGUCUUUUUUUUUCUUU